AUGUUGAGCCGGCCACCACCCUUUGCAGCCGCUGCCCUCCUCCUCCUCCUCCUGGUGGCAGGGGCGGCCUCACAUGAUGUCCAUGUGAGCAUGAUGAACCGGCUUGGUGGAGGCAACAACAUGACACUGCACUGCCAGUCCAAGGACAACAACCUGGGCCAGCAAACCGUACCGGACGGGUCUGAAUUCGGAUGGGAUUUCUCUGUCAAUGUCGAGGGGACAACGCUGUUCUUCUGCGACCUGGGGUGGCAGAGCGUCAUGGAUUUCCACUUCGAUGCUUACUCCUUUGGGCGGGACUUCGUACGGUGCAGCGGAGACAAGUGCUUAUGGAUUGUGGCCAAGGAGGGAAUCUAUGGCCAGAAUGGGAAGACUGGACUAUGGGAGUAUGCCUAUUCCUGGCCCAAUUGA